AUGUUAUCUACUUGUCAUGGAGAUCAAUUUCAAAAUACAGGAAAAACAGAUAGAAAAGGAAAUACAAUAACAAAACCAAAAAUGAUUUUGGAUUACAAUAAUACAAAACAAGGAAUCGAUGUUUCAGAUCAACUAAGCAGUUAUUAUAAUCCACAACGAAAAUCUCUUGUUUGGUACAAAAAAGUUGCUAUGGAAUUACUAUUUGGGAUAACAGUAGUAAAUAGUAUGAUUAUUUUCAACAAACAAGUAAACAAGAAACUAACUUUACUUUCAUUUACCGAAUCACUGUCUAGAAGUAUUUUGUGUACAGAGGUUACAGACAAAUCAGAAUCUGUGAACAUUCAAAAAAAUAUUUCAACGCAUUUUCUUGAACAGUUUGAUAGACAAAAUGGAAAAAUACAAAGAAAAAGAUGUCAUGGGUGCUAUUCAAGUCUUCGUGAAAUGGACAGUUGA